AUGCACAAGGUCUACUGUGAUCCCUGGACCAUUGGCUAUGACGAACGCUUUGGGAGCAAUGUGCGCCUCCAGCAAGCCCUAAUGUACUUUAGGCCGCACAUCGACGACUGCCAGUACCAGUAUCCAUUGGACUUUUGCCCAAUUUACGACAGCGACAAGGGUGAAAUCAUUCACAUUGACAUCCCACAAACGCGGCGCCCGCUGAGAAGGGAGACCACCAUAAACUAUUAUCCAGCAGACAUUGAAGCCAAAGGAGGCUACCGCAAAGACCUGAAACCCCUUGAAAUCACCCAACCUGAAGGCCCAUCAUUCAAGUUGAACGGCCGAGAAAUGGAAUGGCAGAAUUGGAAGUUUCACAUCGGCUUCAACUAUAGAGAGGGUAUUGUGCUCAACGACAUCCGCUACAAUGACGGUGGCACGAUUCGGCCAAUUUUCUAUCGCAUGUCGCUGGUCGAGAUGGUUGUACCCUAUGGCAAUCCAGAACGGCCGCAUCAGAGAAAGCAUGCCUUUGAUUUGGGCGAAUAUGGUGCUGGAUACAUGACCAACAGCCUCGAAUUGGGUUGUGACUGCAAGGGUUGUAUUCGCUAUCUAGACGCAGAGUUUCCCACGAGAGAGGGUGCCAUCCGGCGUAUAAAGAACGCCGUAUGCGUACACGAAAUCGAUGGGGAGGUGCUAUUUAAGCAUACCGACUUUAGGGACGAGUCAGGUAUAGUCACGAGAGCGCGCAAGCUCGUUAUACAGCAAAUCUUCACGGCGGCCAAUUACGAAUAUGCUAUCCAAUGGAUUUUUCAUCAAGAUGGCACAAUUCAGCCAGAAAUCAAGUUGACGGGAAUUUUGAACACGUAUUCCAUCAAUCCUGGAGAAGAUACCAAUGGAUGGGGCACCGAGGUGUAUCCAGGUGUCAAUGCGCACAAUCACCAGCAUCUCUUUUGUCUCAGAAUCAAUUCCAGUGUCGACGGACCGCAAAACACCGUCUAUAUGACGGAUGCUGUUCCCUCCGACGAACCUGUUGGGAGCCCGAUGAACCCCUACGGCAACGCAUUCUAUGCCAAGAGAACCAAGCUUGCCACUGCUGGACAAGCCAUAACCGACUACAACGGAGCCACUGUGAGAACCUGGGAUAUUUGCAAUACCAACAAGAUGCAUCCGUUCAGCAAGAAGCCAGCCAGCUACAAGCUUGUGAGUCGUGAGGUCCCUCACCUGCUACCAAAACCGGGCUCCCUCGUAUGGAAGCGAGCCGGGUUUGCGCGACACGCAGUCCACGUAACAAAAUAUCGGGACGAUCAACUCUGGCCAGCUGGUCGACACGUACCUCAAACCUCGGGCGAGACUGAUGUCGGCUUGAUGGAGUGGAUUGGUGACGGGUCAGAGAGUAUUGAUAACGAGGACAUUGUCUUGUGGCACACAUUUGGAGUCGUGCACUUUCCAUCCCCGGAGGAUUUUCCCAUUAUGCCAGCGGAGCCCAUGACGUUGCUGUUGCGGCCGCGCAACUUCUUCAGAAACAACCCAGUGAUGGAUGUACCGCCGCAGCGGGCACUUACAGCGAGUCAAGUUCUGAGAAAGACGAAUAGUGGCAUAGGUUCAUCUAAGCUCUAA